AUGUAUCAAUCUAUUAGAAGAUUGUUAACUCUAGAAGUGGCAGAUAAGAAUGAGUUAUCAGAGGUAGAAAUUAAGAAACUUAGGCUACGUCGCCUGAUAUAUAUAUUUUUCUUUACAAUACUAUAUGUAUCUUGUCUACUUUUACAACAUGGUUAUAAUAAGAGUUCGCCGGUAGCUAAACAAAUUAGGUCCAAAAUAUUUGCUACUGAGCUAGAACAGCUAAAUAGGAUCCAAGACCAAUAUGCAACUCCAGAUUUUGAUGUAGCCAUGCCAGGGUCUGCUGUUGCAGAUUUAUUAAAUGUAUUACAAGCAUCAUGUCGUUCUAAAGCUUUAAUAGAAGAUGGGAUGACAGAAUUUUUUAGGUGUGAUAUAAUAAGGAUAGACUGGAAUAGAACUCAUCAGAAUCCUACACACCCUGAACUUCCUUGUGAUUAUGCCUCUCUAGAAACUUAUGUAGAGCAAGGUGAUAAUACUCCUUGGGGUGAAUUUCCAUCAAUUAUUAAUGAAUAUUAUAGAACAAAUAAUAUACCACCAGAAAAUCAAUCAAAACCUAUAUUUCACUUAUACCAUCGUUCUAAAGCUUUAUUACCAUUGUUUACAAUGGGAUCUGAAAAGGAAUCAGGACCUAUUCCUUUAUUACAUAAAAAAAUUAAUAAGAUUGGUAGAUUAAUUAUGGAUAGACCUGAUGUGAAACUAAAUGAAGAUAAACAAGAUAGGGUACAAAAUGAGAAAUUAUUUGAAGAUAAGGAAGUUAUUGCUUCCAGUGAAUCCAAUGAAUCUUAUAAAAUUACUAAUCAUAUUGGGUCUAUUAUCACUAGUAAUAGUUCCAAGUCUAGUAAAUAUUUGGUAGCAAACAAAAAUCAUCACUGGGACUUACUUAUGAAAUGUGACCCAGAGUGGGUAACUGUUGUUUUUGAGGUAUCUGCGGUUGAGAAAGAUAAACAUCCUUUGUGGUGGAAAACUAAACUAAGUUUUUCAAGAUAUUCACCUUAUCUAAAUCAUUAUAAACCAAAUGUAGAAAUUACAACUGGUUUAGCAUAUCAACGUCAUCAUUCAUUUACAACAAUCCUUCCAUUAAUAACUAUUAUUACAUUUUGUUUUAUAUUAUUCCCAGGAUCUGUAUCAAGUUUCUUAUUACUACCUUAUAACUGCUAUAGGUUAGUUGCAAAAAAAGGUAAAUUUAAGGAAAUCAUUGCACAUACUAUUGAUCCAUUUGGUAAUAGAAUUAAUAUAUUAAGUUGGUUUCAAAUUUUAAUUGAAAAUCUUAUUGGAUUUACAGUUAUGUUUGGUUUCAUUACAUCAAUUAUAGGAAUUUUUUAUGGAUCUGAACUUUGUAUUGAAACAGCAUACAAACACUGUACUCCUCCAUUUGUAUAUUGGUCUCAAACAUUACACCUACAAGGAUCAGAAUUUCUUGGUCAAGUCUUAUUCAGUUUAUGGGUUAAAUCUACUCCACAUGCAAUUGCAGUACUAUUAUUAUUUAUAAGACUUCUAGAAAUUUCUUUAUUUUCUACAAGUACAAAUUUCCUUCUUAUGACAUUUAUUUUUGCAUUUGUACCUUUUGCACACUUUUGUGGAAUAUUUUUAGUUCUAUUAACAGCCUUUGCAAUUCUGAUGCAUGCCAUGUAUGGAUCAAUAUAUAUUCAAUUUUCAUCUAUACCUAUAUCAUUCUAUUCAUUGUUUUUAUAUGCCUUUGGUAGUCCAUUUUCAAUGACUGACCAUGGAAUUCAUUUUUAUUUUGAACAAAGUGCUUAUGGAGCUGCGGCUAUGUUACUUUUAUUUGAAAUAUUUUUUGUAACUAUUUUGUUAAAUAUGUUUACUACUAUUAUUAUGAACUCCUAUUCAAUUGCAAUUAAGAAUGUAGAACAUCCAAUGAAAAUGAAAAAAGUUACAGCUUCUUUAUGGUAUCAAGCUAAGAGAAUAUUUGGAUUUGAUGAUGAACUACAAGAAGAGCUUGAUACUAUAGAGGCAACAAAUUCUAUGUUUAAGUCAGGUGAAGAAUCUAUGGUCUUAGAUAUGGCUCUACAUUUACCAUCUAAAGUUUUCACAUCUCCCGAUAAAGCACUUAAUGAGAAAUCUAAUAUUAAUGAAGAAACACCCCUUAUAGACAGUUCAAAUAAGUAG